UGCCCCCCCGCGGGGGGCGGCUCUCAAGGGCGGUGCUUCCGGUCGGCGGAGCCCGGCGGCCAGAACGACGGCGGCGGCGGCGGCGCUGGGAUGGCGGGCGCUGGGACCGAAGCCCGGUUUGCCGGGUUGUCGUUGGUGCAGCUCAACGAGCUGCUGGAGGACGAGGGGCAGCUGACGGACAUGGUGCAGAAGAUGGAGGAGACGCAGAAUAUUCAGCUUAACAAAGAAAUGACACUUGCCAGCAACCGUAGCCUGGCAGAAGGAAACCUUUUGUACCAGCCCCGGCUGGACACUCUGAAAGCACACUUGACCCAGAAGUACCAGGAGCUCCAGGUUCUCUUUGAAGCCUAUCAGAUAAAGAAGACCAAAUUAGAUAAACAGUCUAGCAGCGCUUCCUUGGAGACCCUGUUAGCACUUCUUCAAGCAGAAGGGGCCAAGAUUGAGGAAGACACAGAGAACAUGGCUGAGAAGUUUCUGGAUGGAGAGCUUCCUCUAGACUCCUUCAUUGAUGUCUAUCAGAGCAAACGGAAACUGGCCCACAUGCGAAGAGUGAAAAUUGAGAAGCUCCAGGAGAUGGUGCUGAAGGGGCAGAGACUCCCACAAGCCCCAGCUCUGUUGCCACCCAGGGUGCCCGAGCCAGUGUCUGCCGCUGCCGCACUGCCCUACCCUGUCCCAGAAGCCAGUGGGCCUCCCUCAGUUGUGCCUCGGCGCAUUCCUCCGCCACCACCCCCGGUGCUUGCAGGACGCUUAGCCACCCCGUUUACCACUGCCAUGGGCUCAGGACAGGCCAUGCCCUACCCAGGAUUACAGUGCCCACCCCUGCCCCCCCGAGUGGGUCUCCCACCCCAGCAAGGAUUCUCUGCACAGUUUGUGUCACCGUUUCCGCCAGCUUUGCCCCAGAGACCCCCACCCCGGCUGCCUCCGCACCAGCCAGGUUUCAUCCUUCAGUGAGUGCCGACGCCCCGGGCUUCCUGGGAUAUGUCCUCCGCCUGCCAUGCCAUGUUCUGCACACGGGGCUGUGAGGUCCGGCUGCUGUGCUGAGGGCUCUGUGCCCUGGGCCAGCUUGUCUGUCUGAUUUUUAGAACUGUAGGUCCAUGAGUAAGUAGAGGUAGAAGCUCAGGUUUUAUACACUGAGGCAGUUGUCUGUGCCAGGUCACAGCCCAGCACUCCUGUGUCGUGUUGGUUUAUGUUCUCAGUAUGAUUUCUGAGCGUUGGGUUGUUGAUGGACUUAUGCACCCAGGAAGAAACAAAGCCUCUCUCAUUCCCAUUUAGAAUUAUGGUCCUCCCAUUGCAGCUUUAUUUAAAAAGUAUGGUUAGUGAUGUCUGUUUUAUUUCCAAAGGAUAGUUCUGUGUGUCUUGGCCCACUGGCUGCUGCAUCCCUGGUAAGGGGUGGUCAGCAUUGGCCUGUGGCUGGGCCACGAUGUGCAGCUACAUUGUGUUCUGGAAUCUGUUUGGGGUGGGUCAUCACAGUCACCCCCCCUUCCCUACCUGGCUGCUGCCUUUCAUGCCUCAAAGCCACAAGCAAAGUUUGCACUUGGCCCGUUGCCACGUUCAGAGGCUGGGAGAGCUGCAGCCCAGGCUUGAGGAAACCUUGGGGCCUGGACUUUGCACAGCAAACUAUCGUCAGCCCCCCACUUCUCCUCCUGCCUAGAGCCAAUCCCCAAGG